CGUAUUUAUUAAUUAGUCCAUAGUGGGAACUGUAGCUGCCACUACAGACCCUGCCACAGUAGGGUCAGAAUUUGUAAUCUCUGCUUGGAGAGCUAUCGGCCUCCUCUGAGACUUCUUUGUGUCCCUGUGAGAAGUGGGUGACCAGCCACCCUGCUAGGAAGGGCUUUGAUGGCGAUAGAACAAGAGGAGUCAAAAACUAAGUGUUGUUGUUGCACCUUUGGCCUGGGUGCUGCCUUUUGCCUGGCAGAAGGCGUCAUUCUCUUUACCCUUCCCUGCCCAGGUAGCAAUCGAGUAGCUAUUGUUUGAGGACUGAAUUUAUCUCCUCAGAUUUUCUCUAGAAUCAGAUUUACUGCUGAGACAGUGCCCAUUACUGUGUCGAAAUGUAUGUGGUGGGGAAACUCGGAUGAAAAAAAGGUUUCCAUAACUGGCACUGGGCUUGAUAGUGAAAUCAGAUGAACGUGGACUUCUGUUUCCCUUGACCUUUUCCAUGAGCUGGUUGGGGAACAUGCCUGUUUCUGAGGCAGGCAUUUCUGAGCUUCACUGCCUGAGCAACGCUGCAGGCAGUGUCUUCAGGCCAGGCGAGGCCUUCUUCUGUGCCAGAUACUGUCCUAGCAAAGCGGAUCGUUGUAAAGAAGUGCAGCAAAUCAGAGAGCAGCAUCCAAACAAAAUCCCAGUCAUCAUUGAACGCUACAAAGGCGAGAAGCAGCUGCCGGUGCUGGACAAGACCAAGUUUCUUGUCCCAGACCAUGUCAACAUGAGUGAAUUGGUCAAAAUAAUCCGGCGUCGCUUGCAGCUGAAUCCCACCCAGGCUUUCUUCCUGCUGGUAAACCAGCACAGCAUGGUGAGCGUGUCUACCCCCAUCUCGGAGAUCUACGAGCAGGAGAAGGAUGAGGAUGGCUUCCUCUACAUGGUCUAUGCCUCCCAGGAGACCUUUGGCUACUGAGCCCUUGGGAGAGGUGGCGUGUGGAGAUGAACGAACUGUGGUGCACAAGCCCCCAGCUUUGGAAGAUCAUUCAACCAGAGGCUUGCAAGAGGGGGCUGCGUUUGCUCCUUUCAUCCUUCCUGGUCACCAAAAAGGCUCAUGGUGUGUGUUGGACUUGCACAACCCUUUGCCUCUCUGUGUAGCUUAGUCUCAUUCCUUCCUCAACCCCUACAUGCGCAUUUAUGUCCACACAUCCCCACGCACACACCAGGCCUCCAUGUCCCGUCCCGUCCCCUCAGUGUCCCCCUGGGCUGCUCUCCGUGCGUUGUGUGUGUGUUCGUGUGCGUAUUUCUAGCCUGCUGCCCAAACAGAGCGGCUGCUGAUGGGGAGAGGAGAGGGCUUCACCCUGGCUUCUGCCACAGGGAGAGCUGCCUCCUUCUCCAAGAAGACACUAACAAAAGGCAGGAGGUCUGCAAAAACAAAUGUUGUUAUUGCUCCUGAGUUUUAAUUGAUUUUAAUUAUGCGCGUAUCAGAAUUUUGGUGCUACUGAGUAGAUGUAGGCGUCUUUAUAGGACUGUGGAUAAUGUAUAUCCUUUAGAUUUUUUUUUCUUGAGAGAUGGAUUGGAAGGGGGAGAUGGGAUAAUCUUUCUUGUAUUCUGUAGCUAAGACAGGCUUUGUUGCACUUUAAAGCAUAGUAGAUGUGAGAGUGGAAUUUACUUUUAAUUUAUACAUGUUUGCCAUAUAUAGUGCUGCUCCUCUGUUGACAGCUGUACCUAGAUUGUUUUUUUUUCUUUUGUUAAUAAAAUUGACUUCCUCUCUCUGUCUCCCCAUUGCAUGCAAUUCUUUCCUCUCAAUGUGGCAAAGAGACAGUUCACUCACG